AUGCAAUAUCGUUUCCGCAUCCCUGUGUGUGGUGCCAUUAUCCUCAAUACCAAUCUUGACAAAUGUGUCUUGGUGAAAGGCUGGAGCUCCAAGUCAGGCUGGGGAUUCCCCAAAGGCAAAAUCAACCAAGAUGAAGAAUACGACUGCUGUGCGAUAAGAGAGGUUUUAGAGGAAACAGGGUACGAUAUUGGACCUUUGUUAAAGAAGCCAGAUUAUAUCGAAUUAACUAUGCGCGAACAACGUAUUCGACUGUACAUUAUUCAAGGCGUUCCUGAGGACACGCAGUUCAUACCAAGAACUAGAAAAGAAAUUAGUCAAAUUUCAUGGAUCAAGUUGGACGAUUUGCCCACCUACAAGACUACAGAGCCAAAACCUGGAAAUGGUAGCCUAAAUUAUGUCAAAUUAGGACCUUAUCGAUUCUAUAUGGUUGUCCCAUUUAUGAAUAAACUGAGGCAGUUUGUGAAUCAACGCAAAAAGUCAUCGAAGAGGGAUAAUCACAAGAUAAAGGGGUCUGCCUCGCCUCAUCCUCGAGCAUCAGCUCAAUCCCAAGCAACACCCCAAAACGCAACGCAACAGCCUUCGUUAAUGAUACCUUCAUCUUCCAACAAUAAGCCGGCCGAAUCAUCCAAUGCGCUCAAGUCUCUAUUAGGCGUGAAUCAUGGUGACAGCAACAAUGAAUUUGCAGCUUCUCCUGCCGUAUCGCAACCACAACCAGAGAACCAGCCUCCUCAGCCUAAUAACAACAACUUGCUGGAUCAAUUAUUUGCUGCAAAUGCUCAACAUCAACAACAGCAGCAGAAACAAGCAUCCAGUUCACAACAGCAAAGUCCUAAUCUCUUGCCAAAGUUGCAAUUAGCUAGUCAGCAGGCACAAGAAACAUCUAAUCCACAAUCUGGAGACGUUCAUCAUGCUUCUUUUGUUGAGGAACUACUCAAGCAGCAACAGUACAAUCAGCAACAUCAGCAACGACAACAACAACAACAACAAGCAUCCAUCUCACAACAGCAAAGUCCUAAUCUCUUGCAAAAGUUGCAAUUGGCUAGUCAGCAAGCUAGUCAACAGACACAACAAGCACCUAAUCCGCAAUCUGGAGACGUUCAUCGUGCUUCUUUUGUUGAGGAGUUGCUCAAGCAGCAACAGCAUAAUGAGCAACAUCAGCAACGACAACAACGACAACAACAACAACAACAACAACAGCAGCAGCAGCAAUCGCCUCCUCUUAUGAAUGACAAUAUGCGUAGAAACUCUUUACUAAGUGUAUUGCAAGGCAGAUCCAAUGAUUCCUCACCUGCUCCUAUGAACCCUUCGAUGAACCCAUUAGAAGCUUUUCUUCAUGCUCAGAAUCAACCUCAACAACAACAACAAUCAUACUAUGCUGAGUAA